UAAGAUGUGAAGCCGUAAGGUCGUAGCCGAUGCAUCAGGCUCGGAGUUCACUUACAGUACAGAGUGGAUUUCCUUUCAGCCUCACUCUUGCGCCACCAACACCAAAUAUUCUGCGAGUGCCAGCCGCGUCCGUAUCUCCGGUCACCGGUGAACUGAGAUCGGAAUAACGAAAUGGGCGGUUCCCCCAAGUCAUCUUCUGCUUCGCCGAGCUUGUGGCUUGCUCCUAAUCCGAGCAAACGAUGGGGAGAGCUGUUUUUCCUUCUCUACACUCCAGUCUGGCUUACUCUUUGUCUCGGAAUUGUCGUUCCCUUCAAUCUUUACGAGUGCUUCACAGAGUUGGAGUAUUUGCUUGUUGGGUUGGUGUCAGCAGUUCCUUCUUUCUUGCUACCAAUGCUGUUUGUAGGGAAGGCUGAUACAAGCCUGUCUUGGAAGGACCGUUAUUGGGUCAAGGCUAGUAUCUGGAUAAUAAUCUUCAGUUAUGUUGGAAAUUACUUUUGGACUCAUUAUUUUUUUUCAGUUCUGGGCGCAUCUUAUACCUUCCCAUCGUGGAGAAUGAACAAUGUACCUCACACAACUUUUCUGCUCACUCAUGUCUGCUUCUUAUUUUAUCAUGUUGCAUCAAACAUGACACUGCGCAGACUAAGGAAUUUUACUGCUGAUUUGCCUGAAAAAAUAAGAUGGGCUGCAGAGGCUGCAUGGAUUCUUGCUCUAUCAUAUUUUAUAGCCUACCGAACAUUAGCUAUUUCCAAUUUCCCCUACUAUCAAUUUGUGGAUCGCGCUGCUAUGUACAAAGUUGGAUCUUUGUUUUAUGCCAUCUACUUUAUUGUAAGCUUCCCCAUGUUUCUAAGGAUCGAUGAAAAAUCUGGAAAUAAAUGGGACUUGGGCAGAGUGGCUGUUGAUGCUUUGGGUGCUGCCAUGCUUGUCACAAUAAUACUUGAUUUGUGGCGCAUCUUUCUCGGACCUAUUGUUCCAAUGCCUGAUAUGAAACAGUGCGCUCAAUCAGGAUUGCCAUGGUUUCCUGUGGACGCAAAACAAACAUGAGAAUCAUUGAACAGAACCCUUGAAAUGAUUAUGGUUCCAGAAUGCACCUGCACAAUUCAAAUGCAAAACCAGUAUGCGCAGAGCCUGCAGAAGGAACCAGAUUGUACUUUCUUUCGUAUUAAUAAUUGCCAACUACCUGAUCAAAUCAAUCUUAUGUUUGUCAUUUAGUACUUUACAGUUGCAUCUUAGUGAUGCAUGCAACUAAAUUCUGUACAAUGAAGUUAACUGCAAAUCAGCUUUUCGUUUUGGUCCCUA